AGGGGGAUGGUGGGGUGGGGAGUCGGGGACGGGACGGUGUUGCAGUUGCAGUUGCUGUGGCAGGUGUCUUGCCUUGAUUUUAAUUUAGACUGACCAAAGUUUGCUGAGACGUCGAGCUGAAUAUUUACCGUCUGUUGCUGUUUUUCACAGGACAGAGCAGCCUCGACCACACAUGCAUAGCCAGUAUUUGUAACUAAUUUCAAGAUGGAUGUCUAUCUUAUGAUAAGAAGGAAGAAAUUGACAAUCUUCACUGAUGCAAAAGAAAGCACCACCGUCCUGCAGUUAAAGAAGAUGAUCCAAGGCAUCACGAAAUUUGCUCCCGAAAAUCAGCAGCUUUAUAGUAAAGAUAAUGAGCUAAUGGAGGAAGGCAAGAGCCUAUUGGAUUGUGGUAUCACUGCCAAUUCUGCAAAGGCUCAAAGCCCUGCACAAGUUAACCUUGCAGUUCGAGACGAGAGUGGUCAAUUUGAGUCCCUUGAUCUUACUCAGUAUUCUUCACCUCCAGAUCUUCCUGAUGUGAUGAAAGUUCAGGAGCCCAAUGGCAGUGAUGAGAGGCUUACCUCUCGAUAACUGCCC